GCCAAGUUGCUCUGGUAUGUGGUUCUCCUCUCCCUCCUGAACAUCCUGGUGUUCUAAACAGGAGGAUUUUGGUGGCCACAACAAGCGUUGCUGAGGCUGCAGAAGGUGGCACACUGCUUGUCAGUGUCAACAGCCUGCAUUGCCUGCACUCUAGGAGGACAAUUUGGAUUGUCCUGCUUGCUGCUGCCCAGAGUAUCCUGAAAAAUGUCACAGCCAUUUCAUAUGUUUGGGCUAAUGAUGAUGAUCUACCCAGAAUCUCAAGGCUUGCAAGGUAAUGAUGACAAUGAUGAUGAUGAUGAUGAUGAUGAGACUGAAGAAUCAGGGGAGCCCUGCCACUCUGAGCUUUCUUCACCCUGGUGCAAGAGCAAUGACAGCACAGAUGACACUCAGACAGAGAAUCUGAGAGAACCCACCCCAUUUCCCCUAAAGCCUGCGCAGUCUUACACGGUAAAAAAAAACCCAAUGGGGUUGGCCAAGCAUGCGCUGGAGCUUGAGAAGGAAGAUCAGGAAUUUCAGGAGCCAGUUUACAAAGACAUGGGAAUGUCUGACAACUCGGCUGAAGAUGAGGAGCCCAGCCAGGCCUGUCACCUUCCUGGCCAUCAGAGGUUGCCUGCUCUCCAAAAGGCUGGUACAGCACCAAGAGGCUUCCACAACCCUUUCCAGCGCAGCUCAGGCCAGCACCUGGGGGCAGAGGCCGCUGCCAGGCAGACCCGUGCCAGGGAGCAUUACGUGGGACACCCAGAGAGCACCCCGGGAGCAAAGCCCCACGGGGGGGACAGCGAGGAGAGCGAGUCCCCAUCCCUGCAGCCCACCUACGACCUGCUCUGGCAGGAGAACAGCAGCCUCAGGCUGAAGAACGAAACGCUCAAGAACGUGAACCUGGUGCUCGCGUCAGAGAACUUUGCCUUCAGGCGGGCGCUCAGGGAGGUCAAGAAGAACAACCCUGCGUCCAGGGAGAAGGAUGCCGCGUACAGCGCGCUCAGGGAGCAGUGUGACAGGCUGGAGGGGGAGAACGCCGAGCUCAGGAAGGACAACGCCGCCGUCAGGAGGAUGUUUUACGCCUUCCAGAGCAACCUGAAGAGAGAGGAGAGCUUGGUGUGCAGCCUGCAGGAGAAGCUGACGGCCAGCCAGGCUGAACGAGAGAGGGAGGCCAGAGCGGCCCAGUCCUUAGUCCAGCAGGCUGAGAGUCGCCUUCAGCUGAUGAGCCAGCGGGCUCUGGAUGCCGAAACCAACGUGGAGAGGCUGAAGCAGAAGGUCUUCAUUCUCCAAGGACAACUGGAGAGAUGCAAGCUGGAGAAUGAAAAGCUGAGAACAGACUGGCCUGGAAGCAGUGAAGCAGAAUUUAAGCAUCACCAAGCAAAACCCCCACAAGCUCAUAAUGGGCAAAGAUGGCUCCCUCAGGCAGCUCCUGCCUCAGCAGUGCUGCCCGUUGUUGCUGAGGUCCUUGAGUCUACCAGAAAAAUUCUCAAAUUUUAAGCAGAGAAAUAUCCAUGAGUGCAAUUCUUUGUGAGUUCCGUGGAUCCGUGCAAGGUCCGAGGCCAUCAGUCUCCCAUUUGAAGCCAUUUACUGCAAAUAA